AUGGCACGCCUAGACCAGGGACAAGUGGUUGCUUGGUAUGUGUGCACAGUGGCAGCAUGCGCCUUCCUGGUCUGUCGCCUUGUGGUCCGAGUGCGGCUUCUGAAACGACUUUACCUCGACGACCUGUUCGUUUCUCUGGCUGCCUUGUGUCUAAUCGGAGACCUGGCGAUCCAGCAUUAUAUGUUUAACCAAGGCAUGUCUGAAAUGGCGAAGUCGACUGUGGAUGAACAGAUCAAUAUGAUGAAGAUGAUCAUCCCGGGAUCCACAUUAUACGUCACUUCGCUUUGGCUGAUCAAGUCCAGCAUGGUGAUCUUCUACAAGCGCCUGGCAGAUCGCACCCAGUAUCAGAUUGUGUAUAACAUCACACUUGGUUUCUUGGCUGCGACGUGGCUAGUGCUGUUUUUUGAUAUUGUUUUCAAGUGCUAUCCGGUUCAGCGGCAGUGGGAGGCGUUAAGAAAUCCUAAAUUGACAUGCCCCCCAGGACCAUCAACAGUGAAUUACUGGCUCACGAUUCUCUUCAACAUCUUCAGUGAUGUCUUCAUCAUCUGCCUUCCCAUUACGCAAGUUGCGAGACUCAAGAUGCCUAAGAAACAAAAGUGGGGUGUCAUCUCCGUCUUUCUCCUGGGUAUCCUUGUAGUCAUCACCAGCAUCAUCCGAGCAAUCUACUCCUACCGCAACGAACAAAUGAUCACUUGUACCGUCUCCAUGAUCGAAACCGCCAUCGCCAUCAUCGCGUCCUGUCUCCCCGUUCUCCGCACCCUAGUAUUCGGCUCGCACUCUCGCACGGGAACCUACAGCGGCCACCGCGGUUACGAGCUCUCGCACUCUGGCAUACAUACUGGCGGCGCCAGCAAGCAGCGCACCACCGUCUCCACCUCACAGAGUCAGGUUGACCGCGGCGUAGAUGACAUCUCGUUUAAUGACUCCGAGGACGGAUUAGUGAAGGAUACGGUGCAGGUUUCCGGACCAGGGAUUGCCGUCAGACAUGAGUAUUUCGUGCAUCAGGAUCCUGCAUAA